AUGGAACGCAUCCACCUUGACAGAUGUGCAGGGGUCGGUAGUUGUCCGAGUGUCCUCUCCGGUUGGACGCAGCAGUCGUCGACCAGUGUCGUGCUACUGGGCUACGCACUGCAGAACAUGAGCAUAUCAUAUGGCCAGCCCAUAUUCCGUGGCGACACUCCCUGGCGGCAGGUUGGUGCAUUCAGCGACGAGUUUGUCGCCGCCGUCGAGGGUUCUGGCCUCGUCCGGUCUGGAGGCCCGGUUUGCUCCUGGUUUCGACUGGCGCUGGUUGGAGAGACAGCAAGAGAUCCUUGCUGA